CCUCCUCCCUGCGCAGGACAAUAGAGGCGCGGAGAAGGAAAGGAAAGGGAAGAGAAGGGGCAGAGUGGGCAUCUCCGGAUCAGCACUUCUCUGUGCUUCAGCCAGAGCAGUAAACAUGGACGAAUGGCCGCCUCGGGCACUUCUGUGAUGUUGCUGUAAGAAUGCAGCCGCCGCGGGUUUCCCGACUCUUCGCCUUUUCGCUUCUCCUGUGCGGCGUUUGGCUGAAAUCCGCAGCGCACCGAGGAGCAGUUGACGUAUUAAUUAAAGUCCAGAUCUUUGACAACAGUGACCUUUCACCUCUGAAAGAAACUACAGUUCAGGUGCAUGGGAACCAAUCUAUCGUGGCAUCUGGCCUCACAGGGGAGGAUGGCAUUGUCACAGUUACCUUCCUAUACCACCCAGGAACCUGGGUCAUUGUCUCAGCCUCCAAGCAUGGAUUUGUGACGAACUCCGCCCCUUGGCAUGCUAAUCGCAUCCCCUUGUAUGCUUCCGUGAGCCUGUACCUGCUUCCCCAAAGACCAGCUACAUUGCUUCUCUAUGAUGAUGUGGUGCAGCUCCUGCUUGGUUCUCCAGGUUCCAGAAGUCAUCCAUGGGUACAGCUCCAGAGAAAAGCCAUUGGACCCACAGUCAACAGUUCCCAAGUCCCUCUCUUGGCCAUGCUCACCUCCACUAGGAGCCAGUACGAGCUCGGUGGCUUCCCCUAUCCCCUUGGCCUGGAGAACAACAGCACAGGCUUGAACAGUAGCUGGGUAGAGCUGACUGCAGUGGCUGCAGUUUGUGCCACACUCACUGGACCCAAUGGCACUGAGGUGCAGGUCUCAGAACCUAUCCAUGUUUCCGUCCCUCUUCCCUCAGACUCUCCACUCAAAUCUGCCACCAGUGUCCCCAUCUGGAGGUUUGAGGACAGGACGGGUCUGUGGGUUAGAAGUGGUGCAGGCUACAUUAAAAAAGAUGGGUCUCACAUGACCUGGAGUUUUGUGACUUCACAUUUAGGAUACUGGCUUGCAGCAUUUCCAUCAGCUGGAGGCUCAGUGCUGAACAACUCCGGCCUGAGAGAUAUCACCACAUACCACACCAUCUUCCUUCUGGCAAUUCUGGGUUUUAUGGCACUACUGGUUCUCAUCCUGCUCUGCUUGUUGCUCUACUACUGCAGGAGGAGAUGCCUGAAACCCAGGCAGCAUCGCCGUAAAAUGUAUAUCGCGUCUACUCUGGAGAGCUCCAAAAGGGACCAGGGUACAUCCACUUCUCACCUUAACCUCAUCAGUGGUGGACGUUUGGAGACAGCUUCCUCCACUGGAGAUGGUGUGAAAUCAGACCUGUCCUCUACGAGGGACUUGCACAGUUCACGGGAAGGCUUUUUCAGGUGCAAGCAGCACCAUUCCAAGGGGAACAGCAAGCAAGGCGAGAGCUUCCCACUACAUGUUACCUGUUCCACCAACACCAAUAACUUAGACCUUCUACGAGAUGACCAUGGCGGGAGUUAUAGUUUAACAGAUGAUUCUGAUGACCGUAGGAACCAUUGUCAUCCUCAUAAUGCCAAGGACAAUCAAGGUUAUACAUCUGAUCCUCCUUCUCCCCCACAGUUGCUUCCAUUUGCCGGUCACUACCAGGAGCAAAGACGGGACAGCAAGCCCCCAGAGUACUCGGCCUCUCAGGCUGUUGAUAACUUGAACAGACCUGUCUCUAUGAAUGCACAGCCAGGCCAGCUCAUCUUCUGCCAUUCCAUGGAGCAAAUGAAGGACAGCAUGUACCACAGUGUUGUUCCCACCUUAGUCAUCCCAGCACAUUACAUGCGCCUCUCCACAGAUCUAUCAUCCAUGGAACAGGCUGUGGACAGGCAGCAGCAGCUGCAGCAUGAUAUGGAGACUAUUCAGGUGAGCAUGACAUUACCUCGGCAACAAAGUCAACAGCAGCAGCAGGAUGCCAAGCUGCAGAAUGAGACAGAAAAAGCCAGCCAGCAAGGAGAGGAGUCAGAGGAUCAGAACUGGACUUCAGAGGCCUCCUCCGGCCCAGUCCACAUCCCUGUGCUGUUCAACGAAUCCACCAUGACACAGAUGAAUGGAGAGCUGAAGGCUCUCACAGAGAAGAAACUACUGGAACUUGGUGUAAAACCUCAUCCUCUAGCCUGGUUUGUGUCCCUGGAUGGCCGUGCCAAUUCCCUUGUCCGGCACUCCUACAUCGAGCUGGGCAACGAGCCUCUACGGGCACCCCAGGAGCACCAUGCAGAGACAUACCCUGGGAAUUCAGGAAGGUCUUCCCAGAGAAAAAGCAAAGUGGAAAGAAAGGCAAAGGAAGGUGGUGAACGAAAAACCCAUGGCAAGAUCUACUCUAAGCUCCCAGUCAUUGACACCACCAAACCUAGCACCAGCAGUGAGAGCCACACAGCCACCUACUCACCAGAGGAUGGCUCCAUGGCACCACUACUUGAUGACACGCCAGAGUCCCGGGGUGGAACAUUUCCACGUAAAGGAUGCAGUCGAGACUACAGUGCCCACAGCAGUAUCAGAGAAGACCGCAGAGAUCUAGAGACCAGCCCAGACGAUGAUGACAAUGAUGGAGCUGACAAGGACGAUGAAGGCGAGAAUAAGAAGAGCCCAUGGCAGAAGCGUGAGGAGAGACCACUCAUGGUGUUCAAUGUCAAGUAGUCCCCACAAGCACAGAUUAGUUCUGUCAUGGGCUCUGCCGGUUUCCUUGUCCGGCACUUCUACAUUAAGUAGGGCAGCAUUAUAUUGCAGUCAAGGAUCAUCAUGGUACCUUGUCUACACAUUUGCCUCUCAUUGCGAGUCUCUUGACUCCUCCAUGGACAAAAAACAUGGAUGGGCUGUUGCUUUCUUGUGUACCAGUUUACAGAAGUAGUCAGAGGUGGAUCACCACCAGUACAGACAAUAUGAUUUUAACAGUGACUUGCCUCUCCUUGUCAGCUAGUACUUAAGGCUCAUAUUCUCAUGGAUGUCCUGCAGGUAUUUUCUAGGAUGUGAACACCACUAAACCAGAGUAUCACAUUUUUAAGCCUAGUUUAUUUCUUGAAAUAAUUUGCUGUGGUUAACUUUCAAUGUCACUACCCUGAGGACAAUGUUUCUUCUUCUACCACUAACUUCUUCACUCUACUGGGAAUGACUAUGAGCCAUUUUUAAAUGGACACUUAAAGGAUUUCUCUAAAGAGUAUGAAAGCCCAAAAAUGAUUAAAUGAUGAAAAGACAUAUGGACUGAAUUGUGGAAGGUCUGGCAGUUGCUUCUUCUUUUUUUUCUUUCUUUCAAUCUUUUCAGGCUUUCAGGAAGGUUUGGUUUUUAUAUGAUUGGUAAUAAAAUAGAAAUAUGUGUGUGUGUGUCUGUAUCAAACCUUCACAAAAAGGAGUGAAAUAUUGCUGGGUUAAUUUGUUUACUCUAAAUAUGACUUUCCAUUUAAUGCCCCUGAAUUUGCCCUUUUAGAAUCUGCAUUUGCAACCUGUUUUGUGUAAUCAAUUUUACAUUUCUGGAAGGCUUUAAUUUUUUUUUUUUUUUUUUUUGCAACUUUACUGACUUUACUGUGUUAUUCUCUGACAUCCAACUGAAUCCAUAGGCGAUACCCUUAGCCUCAUAGAGGAAAAGGUUUCUCAGUACUUUGGAUGAUUAACAACUCUAGCUAAAGGCAUCUACUUGGGGAAAGGCAGCCCCUUUGUUGCAGAACUAUACAUUGAUAUUUUAAUAGUAUGUGUCCACUUGCCUUGCCAAUUAUUUUUGCUGCAUGCAAUUCAUUUUUUCCGAUAGUACUGCUGCAUUUGCACUGUGCAGCAAAAAAAAAGGUUUGGUGUACUGCAGCAAAAGUUCAAUGAAGCUGAACUGCAUGCAAAUAGUUGUGGCCACCAUGUUGUAUUUGGCCAACCAGGGGAAGACAUUUCAUUUGCAAUAAUCAAUUCCAAGUAAAUGCCAGAGCAAUGCCAGGGACA